AUGAAAGUGAAUUGGAUGAUUUACUUAUUUCUGAAAUUUUUGAAGAUUAUUCAUUACUGAAAUAUGAGCCAUUUCAAGAUGAAGAAGAGGAAGUAACAAUUGAUGAUCAAUUUGCAUGGAUUUUAUUAUGA